AUGUCUGGUCGAAAUAUUUCGUAUGGUCGCGGCGGAGCUGGCAACAUCUCCCGCCAGCACAGCUCCACUAUGCCGAAGGAUCUCAUCACCCCGACAAUCAAGCAAGAAGUCUAUACCACCGGUCGUGGAGGCUCAGGGAACAUGGUUCAAAAUGAUCCCGAACGACCAGAGAUUGCUCGCGAGAGCCAGGACGUGGAAUCCCCGCCUUUACGAGCACAGCACUUCGCCCACCACACUGGCCGAGGGGGUGUUGCCAAUGCCUAUAUCCCGACGGCCGAAGAGGAGGAGCGAGCUCGUCUCCAGGAGGCUGAGCUGAUGCGGGUGCGCACACAUGACAAGGAUCGCAUUAAGGAGAUCGGACACGAAAGACAGGAACUGCGGAAUCAGGAUCACUCGAACUAG